CUUGUUAUAUCACACAGUGUCACUCCAGCGAGGACACUCUCACCCGCUCUGCUCCUGUCAAGACGUCUCACGGUGACACGGCUCCCCUGAAGGCAUGUCCAGAGUUCAACAGUCUCCAUUCCUUGUCCUCAGGCAGGUGAAAGGAUGGUUUCCGUCGCACAGAAGAGCCGAAGCUGUGUGCUGCUUCUCCUCUCGCUCACACAUUCCAUCCUCCCCCCUGCACUCCUCUUCUCUUUCUUCUCCGUGGCAAUUGUUUCCGUCUGGCCUGCUCUCGGGUCAGCCGACCUGAGGACGACAAAGGCCCCGACCCCUCCUGUCAGCGGCAGGAACAAAUCCACCUCAACCACGGUUUCUACAGCUUUUGCCAACUCGGCGAUCAGAAGCUCAUCCCCCACCUCGCAGGCCCCAGACUUCUCUUUCCUUACUUCCGUUACUACAUCGGCUCAGUCAAAUAUCUCUAUUUCAACAAGUUUGAUGCCAUCUUCUCCUACAAAGUCAGUGCAACUUAUUACCCAAACGUCCACCAGAGAUUUCGAUGUCCUAAACUCGUCCACACUUUCCAACAAGGCCUCUCUGACUCCUGAUUCCUUCCACGCUCACCCUGCAUCUCAUUGUCUUCUUCGACCCCUAAAACACGUUUUUCAGCGGCUACCCGAUCCCUGCAAACAUUCGACCGUGUCUCUUAAAACGAUGGAGCUUCCUUUGCACACACACCCUCAGUCCUCUUUGUCCAAAAUGUCCCUGCAUCCUGCUCAACCUCAGACGUCCGUCUCGCCAACGUCCACAUUUUCUUCCUCCUACUCAGUUUUACCUCCAACACCUUCCUCGUCUUCUACUUCUUCAAACAAGCCACUCUCCCCCGUUUCAACAUCAUCUUCCCCCAAGACAUUCACAUCUCUCAUUUCAAAAACUCCUCUCGCCGAACUUCCACCCGUUCCUCUCCUCGAACCGUCGCCGUUUCCCCCAAAGGAAUCGAACCCUCAUCGGCCCAAGCUUAGGUCCCUCCCUCACACCACAGGUCCGCUGUUCAAGCACCAACCUUUCACAGUGAGCUGGAACAUCCCUGAUCUGGUGUGUAACAGAUACAACAUCUCCCUGGACACCUCAGCGUUUAAAGGAGUGGCCACGCCUGCAAAGGUCCCAGGUCAGUUCCUGUCUCUGUUCUACACAGACCGGCUGGGUCUUUACCCACAUGUAGACCUGGUUGGUAGAAAACAGUUGUAUGGAGGUAUUCCUCAGAGGGGCAACCUGAGAGCCAGUAUGAACAAGGCCAGAGCUGAUAUCACCUACUACAUCACAUCCAAGACCAGCCGGGGCUUGGCUGUGAUAGACUGGGAGGAAUGGCGCCCCCUGUGGGACAGGAACUGGGGCACUAAGAGAAUCUACCAGCUCUUAUCCGUGGCCCACGCCAUGCAGACGAACCACUCGCUCACAGUGGAGCAGGCCACAGAAAAAGCCAAACAACGGUUCCAGGUGGCAGCCAGAAGUUUGAUGUCAGGGAUGUUGACGAUGGGCAGAGCCAUGAGGCCCAACUACCUCUGGGGCUUCUACCUGUUUCCCAACUGCUACAACUACGGCUGGUUGGAGCCCGGCUACUCAGGCCGGUGCUCCAAGGAGGUGAGGAGGCAGAACGAUGAGCUCCUGUGGCUGUGGGAGUCCAGCACGGCCCUCUACCCAUCGGUCUACCUGCAGGCCUCCCUGGCAGAUAACCCCAGAGCUGCCCUGAUGGUGAGGAACAGAGUCCAGGAGGCUCUGCGGGUGUCCAGCCUGCCGCGGCGGAGUGGAGGCGCCGCGCCCGUGUUCGUUUACACGCGUCCCGUCUUUGUCGAUCAGAACAGACGCUUCCUCAGCCGGGGGGACUUGGUGAGCACCGUGGGGGAGAGUGCAGCAGUGGGAGCGUCUGGUGCUGUGCUGUGGGGGGCCAGUGCUGACUACGAUGACCAGGCCUCCUGUGAAUCCCUCUCAUCCUACCUCUCCUCCACCCUCAACCCUUACGUCACCAACGUCUCCGCGGCCGCCCAGCUCUGCAGCAGCUUCCUGUGCCGGGGGAACGGCCGCUGCGUCCGCAAAAACUACAACUCCAACCACUACCUCCACCUGAACCCGGACAGCUUCCGGGUCGUGCACAUUCAGAGGCGCUACCUGGCUCUCGGGAGAGCUACCUUCGCGGACCUGAAGGCUCUGAGCAGGGGAUUCACCUGUCAAUGCUACCGAGGCCUGAGCUGCACUCCCAGGACUCCCAGGGAGCUCGCCAAGGCCCUGAGGUUCAGUAGGAAACAGGGGCUGCACCAUAAAGCCUGGACACUCAAUAAAGCGGCAUUGGAUGAUAUGCAACAAGCUAGUAUUCCUAAAGACAAUACUGGGAAGAACUUGAAAGUUUAGCUUGUUGCACAUUUCAAACCAAACUACUCCUUCCGUUCAGACAUGGAGAAUCCACAGUCCAGCUGCAGACCCUGAAAUCCAGAUGAUCACAAGGCGUCUGCGUGUUUCACCCCUUUAGCCUGAUUUGCAUUUCCUGUGAUUGAAAUUGAAAAGACGGCCGGCUCUCGCUCGACUGGAGUUCAAAAGCAGACGCAACAAUACGACAUCGGUGGAGCUCCAGGCUGAACGGCUCUUCCUCCCGGUCUCCUAUCACAAAUAAAUAGAUUUAAAGGACUCAGGAAGCGUCACCUCAUCAAAGCCUCUGUGGCCACACUGACAGAACCUGAGCAAAUCUGUAGUCUGCUGCUACCAAACCAGGAGGAAAGGAAUCAAAGAGCCUUAUCAAACACGUCAUAUCAUUCACUGUAGGCAUUUGUAUGUGAUUUGACUGUACAUGUAAAUAAAUGGAAAGAGAGGGUGUUGUAAUGUGUUGAAUCUCUCAAGGUAGUUUUUAAUAUCAAGUUCCAAAAUGAAGUCAAAUCCAUUCAAAUUGAUUUAAAUUGAGAUUCAUGAUUGAGCUUCAUUCCUAUUCUAUUUCAAAAGGCGCUGUGUUGUGCUGACUCAACCUCAUAACGAUGACAUCAGCUCAUUCAAGCUGAAGAGGAAUUGGUUUCCUCUUUGCUUCUUUGUCUGUGAAAUGUAGUAUAGUGUAUUCGUAUAUUCAGUAUAUUAUCAAUUAUCAUUAUUAUUGUGUUGAAUGAUUGUACAAAUAGAAAUAUAAUUUGUAUCAUAAACAGACUAUUGUUAUAUUGUGGCUUCUAUCUGAACCAUUUCACAUCCAGUAGAUGUGGAGCAAAAUUUGCAUUUCUUGAUUCAACCAGUGCUUUUAUUUUGAGAAAGAAGUUUUACAGUGUGUGUGUGUAUUGUGAAUCUUUUUUUGAUAAACAGCUUCUUGUUGCUGCUGCAAACAAGGCGGAAAAUGUGCAGUGUAAACAACAGGGUUAACCUGUUUGUUUCCAUGUGUGUGUGAAAGCCUGUUUUCAUGUUUGUCUCUGGAGGGGUUGCGUGUUUUAUUCCCAUCGUGGCGUUGUCAGCAGAUACUGUGUGUGUUUGCUUGUGUGUGUGUGUUUGCUUGUCUGUGUGUUUGCUUGUGUGUGUGUGUGUCACUUGGUUUCCUGAAGAAGUAGUUAGACGAGUUGAUUUUUGCAUCAUGGCUUGAUCACUCAAAUGUGUUGCUUGGUUAUUUGCUUUUGUUUUUACUUCUCUACGCUGUGGCUCGGGAGGUAGAGCGGGUUUGUCCACAAACCAGAAGGUCGGUGGUCCGAUCCCAGUCUCCCCCAUGCUGCCGGUGUGAGUGUGUGUAAAAAGUGCUGUACAUAGAUGCAGCGAUAGAUAGAUGCAACCUGGGUGACAGGUUAAACUGUACUGUAAAGCCCAUUAAAAUUCAUGCAAAACUUGUAUUGACUUGCUGCUCAGAGCGAGUUUGACAAGACAAACAGAUUUCUGCUGAACUGCUUCCUCUACACUCCCCCUGCAAUAAAGCAGUUACAUUAGAGUGCACCAUGAACCAGACUGUGUGUUCUACUGUGACUAACAAACCCAGGCUUAAAACCAACAUCACCUGUAAUAUAAUCUGCUUGCUAGUGUCUUUGGAUUUAUACAGAGUAUUUAGACAAACACAGAUGUACAAUGAGGUGCUAUCUGCUGCUGACGACACCACGUCAGUGUUGUGAGUCAACCAGAGAAUGGGGCCACAACAACAAGACAAAAGAAAAACCUGUUAUUCCAUCUUGCCCUGGCCUGCUCUGCGUCAUUUUUCCCUUUUGGCAAUCCUGCUGUAGAGCUGGAGCAGUCACAUAAAAAAUGAGUUCACAGCUUUUCCGUGGACCCUCCUCGUCUGUUUUAUGACCAGAGGAAGUCAUGUUGGGUACAAAGUGGAACAUAUUCACUCAGAACUCUGCUGAAUGGUGCUCGUCAAACAUUUGAAGGGAAGCAAUGGAGGAGUCACGUUACAGAAAAGAAUAUUUAAUUGAGAGUGUGAGUCAUAGAGUACAUGCCAUUGGAAGUCAGCCAUCCAUUUCCAUUCUAACCUUUUCUAAAAGCACUUUGGCUUCUUUCUAAAUAAUCUGUGAAUAACACAAAACAGAAGGAAAUCUGAACUACAGUUAUUUGACCAUUGAAAAUCUUUAGGUCAAUGUCACUCGCUCAUGUGACGAUAAAAGGAAUUGUUAACAGAUAAAAAUUCAUUCUAAGAAUCCAAAGUGAAUCAUUCUAAUAAGGAUGCCUGAUAAUUUUUGAAUGACAUUCCAGAGUGCACAAGGCCAUAAACCUUUUACUGUAUUUUGCACUAAAAUGGUAUAUUUAACGACAGAUGGAUUAUCAAACUCUCAAAAUAACUUUGUAUGGUACAUCUAAAACCUUCAAGGUUAGGAAAAGGCUAAGACAUUCCCACAGUAAUUCAAUAGAAAUGACCUACAUCUAGAUUUGUAUUGAGAACAACCUGCGAACUCAAUUUACACAAUUGUAUUAAAGGCAUCUUCAGUUUAUUCACAGUGCUCAUUAGACUAAAGACCACUGUUAAGUCAGGUUUUAAAACAGCUUUAGCAAAAUGUGUUCCCCCUGAACUCACGAGUGAUAUCUACUUCAAAAUAAGUUGAUCAAUAUAUAUUUAUAUUAAAUGUUUUCCUCUGUGAGAUUUAAAUAUGAGCCCUGACGCUGAUUAACGGAGACUUUAUGAAAUGUACAAAUCCGUCAGUUUGAGAUAAACUUGCUCAGACAAAGGGCUUCGGCCUUAAUUUGAUUCGAUUAAGCUCAGAGCUAUAAAGAAAAAAAAACUCUUUAGUGUAAGGACGUAGCGAUGUUCAAAUUUAAACAUCACUUGUAUUGACAUUAUAGUUCAUGCUCUUUUCUUUAGGAACAGGACAAACUGUGGAAUAGACGGAGACCCGUGGGACACUUGGUCAGUUUGAGUGCAGCCGACUCGGCUUGCAGAGGAAGGCACUGCAGCAAAGUCACGAUUGGUUCAUGAAAGAUUCACAGUAACAUCUCACUCGGCCCCUCGUCUCCGCUCAGCUACAGGUUUUCAUUGCUAAUCUGGGUUUAUCUCUGUGUGCUAAUAGGUGCAAUGCGUCACUCUAAUACACUCAUAAAGCAAUAAAACCUGUUAAACAUUCACAAACCCACAAUUUAGAAUAAAGGAAAAUGGUGCACAUGGAUACAAGCCUCUUGUUGGAACUUAAAAAAAAUAUAUUUUAAGACUGAUUUUCAAUCUGUAGGUGGUAAUAUGUGAGUUUUAAUUUAGAAAAAUAAAAGUGUAUUUCUACUUCUUUGUGUUAUAGCAUGCAGAUUUCAACUACAGUUAAAGCAUGCCAGUGCAUAUAAUCUGACCCAAGCUACUCUACCACUG